AUGGUUGACAAUAAAUCUCCUUACACUGUUUUAUCUUUAUCAACGAGUCCAGUUGUUUCAACAUUUAACAAAGGUUAUGGUUAUGGUUAUGGUUAUGGUUAUGGUUAUGGUUAUGGUUAUGGUUAUGGUUAUGGUUAUGGUUAUGGUUAUGGUUAUGGUUAUGGUUAUGGUUAUGGUUAUGGUUAUGGUUAUGGUUAUGGUUAUGGUUAUGGUUAUGGUUAUGGUUAUGGUUAUGGUUAUGGUUAUGGUUAUGGUUAUGGUUAUGGUUAUGGUUAUGGUUAUGGUUAUGGUUAUGGUUAUGGUUAUGGUUAUGGUUAUGGUUAUGGUUAUGGUUAUGGUUAUGGUUAUGGUUAUGGUUAUGGUUAUGGUUAUGGUUAUGGUUAUGGUUAUGGUUAUGGUUAUGGUUAUGGUUAUGGUUAUGGUUAUGGUUAUGGUUAUGGUUAUGGUUAUGGUUAUGGUUAUGGUUAUGGUUAUGAAAUCCGCCGCUCGAACAGUUUUAUCAUCGAUUGUCCUAAGCUCCCUGAAGGGAAACGAAGGUCUCUCUCUCGUCAACUGUACAGAGACAAAGUUCCACGACCCGAGAAAGCUUUUGAAAUAUAA